AUGCUGUGGCUCCGCGGACAAGAACUCCGAGCUCCCCUUGUGCGGGAACCCACGCCCUUUGUGCCGACCGUGGAGAAGAUAGAAACCAUGACGGAUUCCGAAAGGCAGAACCGAUUGGAGUAUUGGAUCGCCUUUUGCUUGUUGAGUGUCUUUAUCACCACCAUCCUGGGCACCCUUCUUAUGCACUUGUGCCCGAAGAUGCGGCGAUGUUUGUCCGGCUCGGGCAAGCAAGGUGCAUAUACGCAGGUGCGCAAGAGCCACGUCUCGCGACUUGAACGGGGUGACGAGGGCAUCACAGAGAGGGACUCUGCUCAGAGCGUGCAGGGUGCUUGGCGCGUGGAGAGACAGCGGAUUUGGACGGCGGUGGCCUUCGCCGGCACGGCGACUGCCUGUGGACUUGCGAGCGUGUGGUCGCUCGUGACCCACCGACUGGACAAGUCCGUGGGUCUGAACUGGGAGGUUUAUGCGGUUCUGCUGGUGGCAGGUGAACUCUGGCUGCUGCUGCAAGCGCUGCUUGCAGUGAUUUGGCUCUCUCACGAGGGCAACUUUGCCGUGACGACCUUCGCAGAAGCCCUUUUUGUUUGCGUAACCCCCUUCAUUUCAGAUCUGUUUGAUACUUUGAAAGACACAGUGUUUGCAGCCCUUUGCUUGCAAUCCAAUCACCUUCUGCUGAAGGUCGUCGGUAUUUUAAGCUGGGCCUACUUGCUCUUAAUUCAUGUGUACUUUCUCCUAGAGGCGAAUACCCUGACCGAACUGGUGGGCUGUUACUUGCCGGCCUUGAUGGCCAUGCCCGAAACAAAAGUGACAGAAGCAGCAUCAGGGACCUCGUCGUGCUAUGAGAGCUUGUUUCAAAAAUGCAUUCCGCUUCUGUCACUUCUAUACAAGCAGAUGACCCCAACGAAGCGGCAUCUGCUUAUCUUAGAAAACGUCCCCCAAGCCGUGGGUGCGAUCAUAUUCCUGAAACUAGAAGGUGGAUCGUUCUUUGUGGGAGUCAUUAACCUCAUCAUCCCAGGGGUCCAGAUUUUGGCCACCUAUCUUCUGUUUCACCCGCUUCGAGCUUGGCUGGGGCCCGAACUGGGCCGCAAGCUCGCCCUCUUUCUGGAGAAGCCCGACUUCUUGAAGGCGAAGCAACUCUGGACCGAGGCCAGGGGCCACCAACGAGCGAGAGCCGAUAGCGAUAGUGAGCUAUGCGGUGUGUCGUAG